GGCACCGCGUAUUCUACCGCAGUGCAUUCGUCGCUGCGUUCGUGAGUGUUAUCUGCGCUGCAACCUCGCCUUUGAAAGGACGAUAACCUUGCUUUUUAAUUACAAGUUUAAUGUUUGCUUAAGACGAUGGACACAUUGCAAAUGGCGGCAGGAGUGGAUCGGCUACAUCGGUCAACGUGGGACUGUAUCGACUGCAAGGACGUAGUGUCCUGUCUCAACGGUCACGCAUAUGCGUGCAAAACUGCAACUGCUUCUCACAUCGAAGAGGGGUCUGGUGCCACAUGCUCGGACAAUUAUUCGUCGGCCAUUUCGUUUGAGGAACUGUCGUGUUCGUCACUAAGGAUGAUCUUGGUUGAGCUUUGCACUGCCAGCCUGGUGCAUCGGAGGGGUUGUGUCCAUGCAACGUGUGCUCCAUAUGUGUGUGUUGGGAUUAGUAACCCGUGUAUGCUUUCCAUUCGGCCAACGAUGAUGUACUGGAUGAAAUUUAAAGGUGCAUUUCCCAAAUGCUGCAGUGGCUGUGCAUUUGGUGCUCGUGGAAAUUUCUUGUGUCCUGAGUAAUUAGCAGAGAGGCACUCCCCUGAAUUAUUCGUUAAACUCGGAUCAAUUUCAGUACAAGAGUGCAUCAGCGAGAAGAUAGGAAACCAGUUCCACGGAGUAAAAGAAACGUAAUUUUGAACGUCCGCUUAUAUCCAGAGAAUGCAAAGGGUCUCGCAGGAGACCGGUUGCCGUUGUUUGCUAGACAGCGUGGUGGAUA